ACACCAAGAUUCGUUAUCUGUUGACAUAAAGAUAUUGUGGAUAAAGGUUAUAUAGGUCAUUUAAAAAUCAGUUUAUUUGAUAAUAUUGUAUGUUCGUACUAUCAAGGUAGCUUACACGAGAGAAGAAGAUACUGAGAAACAAGUUAGUUAAAAAUGCCUUUAGAAGUAGCAGUUAGGGAUGCAUGCAGUACAAUUGGAGAAGGGCCUCAUUGGGACGAAGCGUCACAGACACUAUACUAUGUUGAUAUAGAAGAUAAAAGUGUAUCUCGAUGGAACUCUGCUGCAGGGGGAGUUCAAAAAAUUAAAUUAGAAAAGACUAUCGGAUUUGUCAUACCAUCAAAGAAAGGGGAUGUAAUUAUUGGUCUGGGACAGACAAUCGCUCGUCUUGAGUGGGAUACCAAGAAAAUCACUGUUUUACACGAAGUUGACCAGGAUAAAAACACCAGAUUUAAUGAUGCAAAAUGUGAUCCACGGGGAAGAAUAUGGGCAGGUACAAUGGGACUUGAGAAACAGGUAGCUGUUGUUGAAAAAGAACAAGGCUCAUUAUAUUGUAUCGAUACUGAUGGUACUAUCAAGAAACAUCUUGACAAAGUGAACAUUUCAAAUGGUUUGGCCUGGUCAGCUGACAACAAAACGAUGUAUUACAUCGAUUCUACACCCAGAUGUGUGUAUGCCUUUGACUAUGAUAUCGAUACUGGUACCCCAAGUAACCAACGAGUUAUUGUGCAAUUACCACCAGACACCGAAAAAACUUUAGGAUAUCCAGAUGGUAUGGCCAUUGAUAGUGAAGGGAAAUUAUGGGUGGCAUGUUUCUAUGGUGGAAGGGUUACACGAUUCGAUCCUGAGACAGGUAAACAAAUUCAAACAGUCGAAGUACCUGGCCUAAGGACAACAUCACUUUGUUUUGGUGGUAAAGAUUAUGACGACAUGUUCGUAACAUGUAGCCGACAUGGUUGCACAUUAGACGAAUUAUCCAAGUUUCCUUUGUCUGGCUCGAUAUUCAAAGUAUCUGGUCUAGGCAUUAAAGGUUGUCCUGCAGUGAUGUACGAGGGAUAAAUGACAAAGAGAACAUCGCAUGGAACUUAAUAUCAAUCAGCAUUACAUUAUUUC